CUCUGGCGGCUAGCUAGACACGUCUUCGGCAGCUGAGGGGAGCGCGAGGUGGUUCUCCUGACGGGGGCUCCGAGGGCAUGGGCUGAGAGGAGCCGCAGAAGGAGGCCAUGGCGGCCGUCGGGCUCAAGGCUGCGAGGGGCGGCGGCGGCGGCGGCAUGUGGUGGAAGAAGGGCGGUGGGUCUGGCAGCCUCCAGCUGGUGGCCUCCUCCUCCUCCUGCCCGGGCUCCGGCAGCAGAGGCAGCGGGGGUCAGGCCAAGGCCAAGGCUCACCAGCAACCCCCGCUUUCCCCGCCCUCCGUCAGCGGCGGCAGGGCCAAGCGGGCGGCCGAGCCCAGCCGAGGAGCAGCCUCUCCGCCUUUGGGAAACCAGCCCCAGCCCGGCCCCAUCGAGGGAGUCGACACCAAGGGCUACCUCUGGGCUAGGUACCACGAGAUGAAGAAGCUGGUUCACGAUCUCCUUCCACCAGGAGUCUGUAGUCUUCUCAAUCCAGCAGCUAUCUAUGCAAAUAAUGAGAUCAGCCUGGGAGAUGUGGAGAUCUAUGGUUUUGAUUAUGAUUACACGCUAGCACAAUAUUCAAAUUUGUUGCACUCUAUGAUAUUCAACACUGCCAGAGACAUCCUGAUUGAACAGUAUAAGUAUCCAGAAGGAUUAAGGAAGUAUGAAUACAUUCCAGGAUUUGCUAUAAGAGGACUUCACUAUGAUGUGCACAAAAGCCUUCUGAUGAAGAUUGAUGCUUUCCAUUAUGUUCAGUUGGGUACUGCAUAUCAAGGACUGAAACCAGUGCCUGAUGAAGAGGUCAUUGAGAUGUACGGUGGAACUCAACAUAUUCCAUUAUACCAAAUGAGUGAUUUCUAUGGCAAGGGACCAUCAAUUAAACAGUUUAUGGACAUCUUCUCCCUUCCUGAAAUGACUCUGCUUUCAUCAGUGACUGACUAUUUUAUGACUCACAAUAUUGAGUACGACCAAGUUCAUCUUUUCAAAGAUAUCAGCGAUGCCAUCAAAGAUGUCCAUGUGAAAGGAAUGAUGUACAAAUGGAUUGAAAAGGACAUGGAAAAAUAUAUUCUUCAUGGAGAUGAAACUUAUGCUGUCCUAAAUCGCCUGGUUAAUCACAACAAAAAACUCUUUCUGAUCACAAAUAGUCCCUUUACUUUUGUGGAUAAAGGAAUGAAGUACAUGGUUGGCAAGAGCUGGCGGGACCUUUUCGACAUGGUCAUUGUGCAAGCAGAUAAGCCCAACUUCUUCACUGACAGGCGCAAACCUUUUAGAAAAAUGGAUGAGGAAGGUUCACUUCAUUGGGAUAAAAUAAGCAAAUUGGAAAAAGGAAAAAUCUACAAACAGGGCAAUCUGUUUGACUUUUUGAGACUAACAGGUUGGCGUGGAUCCAAGGUCCUUUAUUUUGGUGACCAUUUGUACAGUGACCUUGCAGAUCUCAUGCUCCGUCAUGGUUGGAGGACAGGAGCCAUUGUUCCAGAGUUAGAAACAGAAAUACGGAUCAUUAACACAGAGCAAUAUAUGCAUUCUUUGACUUGGCAGCAAGCUCUUACAGGACUUCUGGAAAGAAUGCAGAUGUAUCAAGACGCAGAAUCUAAGCAGGUGCUUCUAGAAUGGAUGAAAGAGCGACAGGAAAUUAGGUCACUUUCAAAGAAUCUGUUUAACCCCCAGUUUGGGAGCAUCUUUCGUACUUUUCACAAUCCAACCUACUUUUCUCGAAGACUGAUUCGCUUCUCUGACAUCUACAUGGCAUCAAUUAGUUGUUUGCUGAACUACGAUGUGAACUUCACCUUUUACCCUCGGCGAACCCCUCUGCAACAUGAAGCUCCCCUCUGGAUGGAUCAACUCUGUACUGGUUGCAUGAAGACACCAUUCUUAGAGGAAAUGGUGCACAUCCGGUAAAAGGCAUCCAAAUAUGUAUGUUAAUAACAUUGCUGUGGUAUUCACUGUUGUAUGUGAAAAGCUCAGCUGCUCACUCAUGGACUGCAACUUGGUUACUAUGUGGCCAUCACUAUAAUUGUCCUGCCGGCAGUUCCUAGAGAAUAUAACUGAGAUAACUGAAUGCAAAGGUUAUAUAAAUUAUAUAUUUGAAAUACUUCGUUGACAAGAAAUAAUCAUGGUUGGAUUAGGAUUUUUUUAAAAGGGAGUGUUGUUUAAAAGGAGAUUCCACCCAAAAUUCUGUCAGCGCGGUUUGGAUAAGCACACAUGCAGCAGAAGAUCCACGUAGGAGCACUGGUACCAGUAACGAGGCUUGAGACUUCAGCUAUCUAUAAACAGGUUUACUGGUGAACGGAAGACUCUCACAAGACGAUAUACAUACAGACAGAGUGCAGAGAGCAGAUAACCAGAGAGAGAAUACAGGAAGCAGAAGGCUAUAUAUAUAUAAACACCUCUGCUGUAUGAUGCAACACUCAGUUAACUCUUUACACACUUGCACACUUGCAUAGUGGACAGCAGACAGUGCAUGAUGCAAUCCCCAGCUCACAUUGCAUCAUUAUAACUCAAUUACAUUUAAACAAAACUCUAUAUACAAUCAUUCCCACUUCAACAAAUUCUUCCCCCUAAAAUAGAUUCCAGACACUUCAAAAACUAAUUAUUAUUAUUAUUAUUUUCAUGUGUUGCCUCCCUCUCCUAACAAUUCAAGGCAGGAUUAUAUACGAUAUGUAUCCCUUUUUUAAAAGGCUAGAACUAAAAGUGUUUUGGGAUAUAUGCAUAUACCUACCGUAUAUACUCAAAGAUAAGCCAGGUUUUUCAGUCCUUUUUUUUUUUUGAGCUGAAAAAGCUUCCCUCGGCUUAUAAUGGGGUCAAGGUCAAGCCGGCAGCAGAGCCUGGAGGCCAUGGCUUGCAAUAGAUGACCUAUUUUUCUCCCUUCUUGGUGUGUUUAAUUUUCCAAAGCCUCCCUCGCUCUGAACCAAGGGAAUGUUUUGAAAAGGGAAAGGAGGGGGAGAGAGGCCUUGCAAGUCA